ACAAUGGUGUAAAGGUUGAGUGAACAAAAGUAUUCGACUUUGGAUUCAGUACUAGUGUAGUGUAGUGUGGUGUAAUGAAGUGUUUGUGACUCGAAAUCCAAGAUGGCGUCGAAGAUUUUGACAGUUGUUCUUGCUGUCAUGGCCUGUCAGGCGUUUGCUGAAAGAGAUCACGCCUCAUCUCUCGUCGGUCAGACAGCUCGACUCCGCUGCCGUAUUUACGGCAAGUCGUGUGGCGAGAUGCACAGCAUCAAGUGGUAUAAGGCUGACACUCGGGUUUACGUGUAUUCGGCUUCUAAAGAUGCAGCUAUUAAUAGACCGGAGGGCGAUAUGAUGGAUCGGAUGUCAAUAUCCCACGAACCCAACACCACGUACGCUGAACUGGUGAUCACCAACGUGCAGCCUGGUGAUGAGGGGGUCUACCGAUGCGAGAUCACAUACCUUCAAGUGGGGGAGGAUUGUAAUACUGUGCAGAUCACGGAUUUCCAUACUUAUAUAAAACCGAAAUCCAUCGAAGUCAAAACCGGUGACGGCAAGCAGCUCUCAGAUGGUGAAACCUACGGCCCACUGCUCGAGCGAGCCCGGGUGAACGUGACUUGUAUAGUGGUGGACGGGAAACCACAGCCGAAGGUCACUUGGUACUUCAAUGGCAAGGAGAGAUUGGAUGCACAAACAAUCACAGAACAAUCGGUAGUGAAACACGUGCUACCGAUGACGGUAACGCGGGCGGAGUUGGGCGGCGAGCUUGUAUGUAACGUGUCGUCGGCGGCGUUGGAUACACCCGUACUUAGGAGAGUGAAGCUGGAUGUUAGAGUACCACCAAACAAGAUAGCCAUAUCAGGAGUGGGAGAGCACGUCACCCAGGGUACACUCCUGACGCUCAUGUGUGCAGUAUCUGGAGCCAGGCCAGCAGCCACCAUUGAAUGGUACAAUGGUACAGACCUGCUGACAACAGAGACGCAGAACAUACAGCAACGAGAGGUGGAAUCGAGCGACACAACAUUCGAAACGACAUCGAACCUAACCUUCGAAGCGACUCGUUUUGAAAACGGCCGCAAGUUUAUUUGCAAGGCUGUGAACGAUGCUAUGCGUGAUAAUAAUGAUCAUCCCAUACAUGCUACACGGGAAUUGGAGGUUUGGUAUCCUCCCAUAGUCCACGUGGGCCCCGCGAACAUUACGGUCGUGGAAGGAACGAAGAUAUUAUUAAAAAGCGAAUAUGAGAGCAAUCCAUCAUCUCUUACAGAUGUUAUAUGGUACCGCAACGGUGAACGUCUAAACGUAAACACAAGCCACUACCAAGGCGGUACGACAGAUCAACACGCACUCAUCAUCCUUGACGCAAAUGGUGAUGACAUGGGCAACUACACGUGCCUGCUCGCUAACGUUGUGGGCAACGGGACUACGGGCGAGAUGAUCAGUGUCAAUGUGCUCUUUAAGCCCCAAGUCCGUCUAACAAUGAGCCCCGAAAGCCCCAUACUAGAAACGGAACAUCGCAACGUGACCCUAACUUGUUCUGUAGUUAGCGGCAACCCUGCUGUUUUGGAUGAAGUUAUUUGGUACUUGGAUGGGGAGCUGCUCAAACAUCUACCCGAGUGUAAUGGGACUGAUGAAAACCUCUGCAACGAAGUGGACCCAUCGAUGCUAUUACUACAAGAUACAACUAAGAGUUUCCAUGGCAACUAUUCUUGUAAAGGCAAGAAUUACGCUGGCUGGGGCAAUGAAAGCCAGUAUACGGAACUAGUUGUAAACUACCCGCCCGGUCCAGCGAAAUUAACUUAUUCCCCAUGGCGAGUGGUGAAAGGCAAAUCUUUAGUUCUCAGCUGUAGUAUUGAAGAAAAAGGUCGACCUGAAGCUCAUAGAUACCGCUGGCAUCGCGGCGGUCGUCUAGUUAGCGACAUUGUAUCCCAGAACUGGACCAUCGACCCGGUCACUUUGGACCACAGGACCAACUUCUCGUGUCGCGCCACCAGUGCGGGGGGGGAGGGGGAGCCUGCUAGUGUGAGCGUGGACGUGCUCGCGCCACCUAGUUUCAAAUACGCAAUGAAUCACUACAGCGGAGCUUUGUAUAAAUCUCAAAAUAUCUCCCUCUCCUGUACAGUGGAAUGUGCUCCACUCUGCAGUGUGCAAUGGCUGAAGGAUGGACAAGUUAUAGACCCUUCUAAAACUGACAAGUACUAUGUUGUAGAGAGGAAAAUCGAACCUCAGGUCAAUAGAAACGAUUUUGAAGCAACGGAAUCCACUCUGCACUGGAACAUGACAGCGUGGGGCGGGGGGUUGUCCCGUGCGGGCUCAGCGGCGCGCUACACGUGCCGGUCGUCACGUAACGCGGCUGGACCGCCUGUUAACAGCACUACUAAGUUCGCUGUCGAGUAUGAACCGGAAAACAUAACAGUAACACCAAAGGUUGUAUCUGUCAUCGAGAACGAAAUCCCGGCCAAAGUCGUGUGCUCAGCUAAAGGUUUCCCGAUGCCCAGUUACUCCUGGCGCCGGGAACAACCCAGCAAGAGUUCUGCCAAAGACCACACCAACCAAUCUCUCAUUCUCUCUUCCUCCAACACUCUCCUCCUGGGUCCAGUUGCAAGGAGAGACGCGGGAAACUAUAUGUGCGAGGCGUAUAACCGACAUGGAGCUGUUAACACCACCGUGCUGUUGGACGUCAUGUAUAUCCCCGAAUGCGGUAUCAAACAGACAGAAAUAAAUGGCCACCAAGUUUUAGUGUGCACUGCAUAUGCUAAUCCUAGUGAGGUAACAUUCACAUGGAAGCUAAAAAACGACAAUGACACGCUAACAGACGAGAAGAUUUGGUCGGAAGGUGUACAGAGUUAUCUGCGACUGAGUGACAGCGUGGAUGUGUAUCGCACCUAUUUGUGUUUAGCCGGUAACAGUGUGGGGGUGUCGAGGCCUUGUGAACGGGAUGUUAUGGGUAACAAAGUAUGGUGGCGCGACAGACAGAAGCUCCUGCUCAUCGGUGGAAUAGCUCUCGCUAUACUCAUCAUUACCAUCAUACUGUGUAUCUUAAUUAUCUGCAUUUGUAGGCGAAUGCGCGCUAAAUCAAAGUACAAUAAUCCAGUUGAACUUGAGGAGCGCGAAAAUCCGGACGGUAGCUGUUUAAACGAAGUGUCCAUAGCUCAAUCGAUAAUAUCUCAAGCUUUGCCCGCUUUGUCGCCUAGACUCAGUCUGCUGAGCCCAAAAACGUCGGAUAGAACUAGACUAGUAGAUUCACAGAGCUCACAUUUAGAGAUGAACAAAUUUCAAGAUAGGACCACGAAUAGCUUGCAAGCGAGUCUAACACAAUUAGAAGCUACGAUAAACGCGAAUAGAAAUAGAAUUGAAGAUAUUAAUGAAGAAGAACAAUUAGUGAUUAAAAAUGAUAGCGAUAAAGUUGAAAAUGUCGUGACGCCAAAUAAAUGGCCAGCGAAACCGGGAGUUUUAGUGCAUGUUAAUUCAAAUCAUACGUUGAGUCCCAAAAACCCGGCAAGACUUCAAAGACAACAUAAUAUAACAGAAAAUAAAGCGAACGAAGAAAGCAAUUUGGGGCUAUUGGAAAGAAAUAAAAACGAGGAUGAUAAGAAAACAGAAUAUUCGAAAAAAAGUGGGAAGCCAAAGAAUUCGCAAAACUUUGUAUCUGGAAUUAUUAGAAAUUUGAGACGAAAAAGUGACUCUUCAGAUGAUGAAAGUGGGAAAUAUAAGAAAAUUAAUAAAACAAAUAAAAGAGCGGUGUCGUUAAUGAGCUUGAAUAAAAACUAUGGGCCAAAGAGAAUACGAUUAUUGUUUCAGAGCGAAACACCCAAUGUAAUAGUUACUGAAGGAGUUGUGUCGUUCAAAAGGCCUGAGAGAAUGUGUGUGAACGCUAGAACGGAACCGAGUAAAAUCCAGAAAAAUACUAGAAAACGGAAAAAACCCGGUGACAGCCCAGCUACGAAUGGAAUAGAUAAUGCAGCAAACGGCAGCCUCGGAGCGGACAACCCAGGGCUUUAUGAAAACCUUCCGUUCCACGGCUUGCAACAACCGCCUAAUAAGCCAGUACAAGCUAUACAGCCUAGAGUAAUCGAACCAAAAAAGGGCACGAGCGUUGAAACAUUGCAAAAACAAUUGAAAACAAACCCUUCGUUUGCACCAAGGGUUGUUUGUCCACCCUUUGUACAAAAUACUGGGAAUUAUCAAACUACAAAUUCAAGUUUUUCUACAUAUGGAAUACCAGUAUUAUCGCCGAUACAACAAUUAUUUCCUUUACAAAAAACUGUAUUGGUCAACCCGUAUUUACCUCCAAUGCCAAACUCGUAUUUAAAACAAUUUCCAACUAUAGACGAAGAAGCCAAUGAAACAGAUACAAGAAAAUUCAGUUCGUUGAACACGAGAAAUAUCAAAACGAAACCAAAGUUCCAAUCUAUGAGAAUUGUUAGAAAACGAAAUAUAGAAAGGUUCUAUCCUAAUACAGAAUAUGGGGAAAAUUUCAAUGAAAUUAACAAUAAUAAAAGUGAUAACGAAGAUAAAAUAGAUUCUGAAGAUAAUAUUUAUGAAAAUUAUCCGUCCUUACUACAAUUUAAGUCGGAUAUAAGUGGUGUGGAAAAAUUUGAGAAUCUCACAGAUUCUAUUCAAGUGUAUGAAGAAAAUAUAGACCAAGAGAAGGACAUAAGUGCAUCUGUAACAUCUCUAAAUAGACCAGUACCUGCACCUAGAACUAAAAUAACUCCAUUGUCUUCUCCGUUGAAAACAGAUCAUGUUUAUGUUAACUUAUCUAUGCCUUUGAUAAAUACAACUUCAUUACGAUCAAUAGAUACUAUCGACGCUCCCAUGAGAAGUACAAAAUCAGAAGAAAAUAUAUCAAAAUUCAGUACGAUAAGGAAAAUUGAUUUCGAUAAAGAUGAAACGUCAGAUGAAGAUGAUAAAACGAAUAAUGCAUUGGACUUGACCAAACCAAACAUAGUUGGAGCUACACCAAAAAGAACAUUGACAACUUUACCGUCAACAUCACUAGUGAAAUCCGUCGUGAACCAAUUGAACGACCAAAACAUGAACAAAGUACCAAAAAAACAAGUGAUCGCACCAAAAACGUUACAAAUACCAAAACUAACAGAGAAACCCGUGCCAAAGAGAACAUUAAAACGCAGUAGUUCAGUGUCAAGUAGCGUAAAUAGUAGUGAAGUAGAACAGCCUUUCAGGCCCGAAGACCAAUUUAUAUACGCCGACGCCGACAUGAAAGACUAUGGGCCGAUCAACUACAAAGCUGCCUCCAUCUACGCGCAAAUGAAAAAGGUUAAAGAUCAACAGAAAAUGCAGGAAAUAUACGAGAAACAGAACCCCGAUGACGAUAUGCUUUGAUUUUUGUAAAAUAAAAAAUUUUGGCAAAAUUUUAUUUUUAUUUUUUGUAAUUUUUUGUUGUAAUUCUUUGUGAUUAUUAAUCUGUAACAUGUAAUAUUUUGAUUUAAAUAAACAUUGUACUGAAAUAAUUAAUUUUAUUACCUCUUAUUGUUAUUACAAAGUAAUUUUUCGUAAAGCAUAACCUAAGAAUUGACCAACGGUUCCCAAAACCAAAGAUAAUCAACCCCAAAUGUUUGUACAUUAAACUACUAUAGACAAAGUGUAAAUAAAUGUAGUUUUCAUAAAAUACUCUGCGAAUAAAUUAGGAUAAAACACGAAAUUAGAUAAUUAUUUAUUUUGAUUGCGUUUAUUUUUGUAAUAUGAUUUCGUCAUACCUUUAAUAAUUUAUAAUGCAUGUUAAAACGCUUUAUUAAUAAUUUCAAUAGUUUUAUUUUAAGUUCCUUCACUUAGUAAUGGAGACUGCAAAGCGAAAGUAUAAAAAUAUGCGUUAAAUUUUCAUAAUGGAAAUUUAAUUGUUCUGUAUAUUGACGAAAAAUAAUUAUAAAAGAAAAGUUCUGGGUUCGAUUCCCAGUGAACAUGCCAGACAUUUUUUUCAUAUCAAUGGACAACAAAAUACACCUGCAUCAUUUUUAUAUAAUAUGUAAAGAAAUAGUCACAUAUUUUUUUAUAUGUGACCAGUAAAAAAAAUAUUCUUCGCUUUCCAAUCUCCAAAAGUUAUUUUAUAACGUAUCACGACCUUUUUAAUUAACUCUAAACUGUCAGAACAACUCUUAAUCUACAAAAAAAAACUAUGAAAAUAAUUAUUUUAUCAUUAAUUAUAUCAUAAUAAUUAUGAAUUAUUAUUAAAAGUAAUUAAAAAGGUCGUGAUAUUUAAAUGAACCACUAUUUUAGAUCACUAUUUCCGUCCAAACGGGAUUUUUUAAUCGUUAUCCACCCAAUUAUUGUAAAUUAUUGUAAUCGAACUGUAGACAAAUAUAUUAUAAGUGAAAUUGUUAAGAUUCUGUGUAUUUUUCAUUUAGUCGCAUUAUAUCUAUGCUAGAACCUAAAUGACCCGAAAAGAAUCUCAAAAUGGCGAAUUUUUUGAAAGAGACGAUAGUACCUCAAUUUUAAAGUUGAUUAAUAAUUCUUCAAAUUGUUAAACGAACUCAAAAACAUCGACAAAUGACCUUUAUUAUUUAUCGG